UGUAAGCAUUUCUGCCCCUCCGAGUGACCGCAUCCUACUUUGCAAUUUCACACAGAGCCAGCAGGACCAAAGCAGAGCACAUUAAUACUUUAUCAGCUCAACUUUAGCACAGCCCAGGAAGCUGCCCUGCCAAAGUUCACAUGUUUCAUAGGGUAGGCACCAGCAUUAGAGAAGAGGAAAUAUACAUUUAAACCCAAACAGCUCAGCUUGAAGGAAACAUUGAUUUUCAAUGCAACUAUGAAUUAAGAAAAUACAAAAGAAAUUUGAAUGCUGCUUAAGAAGGGAAGGCCUGGGAUAAAAAAAUACUGAGGAAGAGAAGCCAGCAAAUUCAGCAUGACGGCCGCAUAUGCAGAAACGACAGCUGAAUAUACGUACGAUGAACAUGCUUUGUCCUGCAAUAAGGCUGACAUCCAAGAAUUUGGGAAAAUAUUUCUGCCAAUAUUUUACAUUGUGGUGUUUGCUCUUGGCCUCACAGGGAAUCUAAUGGUGUUUUUUGCCAUUGUGAAAGGCAGUAAAAAAAGCAUCACUGACAUCUAUCUCCUGAACUUGGCUAUCUCAGACCUUCUCUUUGUGAUCUCUCUUCCGUUCUGGGCUUCCAACACAGUGCGUGGAUGGACCCUUGGGACUAUUUCAUGUACAGCUGUUUCCUCGCUGUAUUACAUUGGUUUCUUUGGGGGCAUGUUCUUUAUCACUGUUAUCAGUGUCGACAGGUACUUGGCCAUUGUUCGAGCAACAUAUUCUCUGAAAUCCAGAACAGUGAGACAGGGCUUUCUUGUAACCUUUGGAGUAUGGGCAAUAGCAGUUUUAGUGUCAGUGCCACAUUUUGUGUUCUCCCAGCUGGUAGAAAAUGACUGCAUUGCUGUCUUCCCACAGAAGCUGGAGAACAUCUGGCCAGUGUUCUGCAAUAUGGAGCUGAACACCAUUGGCUUUUUCAUCCCAGUCUGUAUCAUAUGCUAUUGCUAUUGUGGGAUCAUCAAAACCCUGAUGUCCUGCAAAAAUCAGAAAAAAGCACGAGCCAUAAAACUGAUCUUGGUUGUGGUGGUCGUGUUUUUUCUGUUUUGGUCUCCCUACAAUAUACUGAUUUUUCUAGAGACUUUAAAGCAGUAUGAGUUAUUCUCAAGUUGCAACCAAAUUAAAUCGUUGGAUUACGCAAUGCACCUGACCGAAACCAUUGCAUUCAGUCACUGUUGUCUCAAUCCUCUUAUCUAUGCCUUUGCUGGGGAAAAAUUCAGGAAAUACCUUUAUCAAGUCUGCUUGAAGUACUGUCCAUUCCUGUGUUUCUGUGGCCCCUGCAGUCACUACCAGGUCACCCAUUCAGUUAGUUAUGCAGAAAGUGUUGCGAACAGCAACAUAACCCUGAACACCAGUGACCAGGAUGGCUCUGUCUUUGUCUAAAAGGCUCUGGGAAGGAGAAAUGUCUGUAUAUGUCUUCUGCAGGGCUAGCAAGCACUGAGGGAUUGCUGUUACCCAUAUGAAGAGACGACAGCUGCACUGAAUUACUGACAUGCCUCUUGUUAAGCAUUAAAUAUUCUAAACCAGACUCUAAAAACAAAAGCAGUACGUCAGUGAUAAACAUGGAAUGGAAUCAAGGGAAAGGAAGGGGAAAGUAGAAACGAAAAGAGUGCUCUGUGCUUAGAAAAGGGGAUGGAGAAGAAUUUAAGGAUAAGAAACCUUUUGAACAGUUUCAUCAUGGAAAUGUGCAUGUGUCAGUGUAUGUACGUGUGAUACUAAUGUACACAGACCUAAACUCAUUUUUUAAGGGAAGAGAGAUCUCUUUAAUGAAUGGUAGCUGUUAGGAGGAUAUUUUUUAUAGUAAAGGGGUAUAUUUUCCUGAUGCUAUAUAUCUAUAUGGAAGUGAUUUGGGGGCUAUUGAAUGCAACAAAUGU